AUUACACUGCAACAGUUGUGGCCGCGACGCCUACAGUUGCAGUGGCAUUCCCUGCUUGUAGACGCCGUUGUUGUAUGCUACUCUGUCACCCCACCACGCGGUUGUUGCAUCGGUUAUAGCAAGGGGCGUGGCUAGUGAUGCAUGAACCGUAACUGCCAAUCACUCGUCAACCACUGCUGUGCCGAAUCUAUCGGUGGGUUCAGUGUUGUGUUUACCGAGGUGCCGUACGUGCAGUGAGCGUCGGAUUCUCACAGAGCGUUACUGUGAACCUUGUGCCCAGUUCUGGAAGUGCUGGUGGAUCUACCCCUCGGUGUACAGGUGUCAGGAAUACUGCAACUACACGUGCUUAUCACACCACACAAGGUUCAGGUUGCCGAGUGACAGUUCCAACUGAAUCAAGCUGAUCACGACGUCGAAGACACAUGUCACUCAGACAGCCACAUCCGCAACAUGAGGCCGGAACAGUCUGAAACCGAGAGUUCGGCAGAUCCUCUACACAUUACCACAUUAACUGAUGACGUAGAACGCAGGGACGAUGUGCCCGUGUUAGCUUGUGAGAAUGGUUUGUGGAAUGGAAUUCAACCCAAACCGAAAAAGCAGCAUUAUGUUAUAAAGAAAAGAUUCUGGAACAUGAGACGUCCCGAGAAGUGUCGAGAGGCUACUAUCCUGACGACUGGUAUUGUGUUGACGUGCAUAGCACUGGGUCUGAUCGUGGCGGGGUCGGCGAGGCUGCGAGAGUGUCAGACUAUCACCAUGGUGAGGCUGAAGCACCCGGUGGGAGAAACCACAGUGGAACACAUCGGGGACGAGUUCUUCACAUACAAUCAGCUGACAUCACUCAACAACUACGCGUUCCACAAGGCCAGCACUCAGUCCUCCACCGACCUGACGGCUGAUUUCAAACCGGAAGAGGACGGGGAUGCCGUGUUGGCCGUGGACGGCAGCAUCAGCACCUGCUCAAGAACAGACGCUGAGACCGACCCAAAGUGGCAGGUGGAUCUGAGUCGUUUGAUCGCCGUACGGAGCAUCAGGAUAUUCAGCAGUAAUACCAGUGUUCUCCACGAUUUUGACGUGUACCUCGGGGUUGCGCCACACGCCAGUCACAAGAAACUGUGCUUUCAUCACCAAGGCAUCGUACAAUCUCGUGACACACGGAUAGUGUGUGACGAAGCAAUGAGUGGAAGGUUUCUGACGAUCGUUCUACGAACUAGUGGCUACAAGCUGGAACAUUUAGUAUUGUGUGAAGUCAUGGUAUUUGGAAGGUGACGUCAUACACGUGACAUGCGAUGUCGUACGAAGUUCUUGUCAGAUACACUUGGAUGACACAGGAGUGAAACCUGAAUGACGGAGGACAUGUUUCAAAGAAGUCAGACUGACCCUGUUCAGUGUCAUCAGUGCUGCCCAACGGCGCCAAAGACAUGAUGUCUUGUCGAAAGACCUCGCUGCCUUUCUGUCGGUGUUGCUUUUGACAUAUGUAUACUGAGACAGUUCGGUAUGGAGUUUUGACAUCUGCUUCCUAAAGCGGAAGGAAGUAUAUUGUGCUUUGUAUAACUUUACCAGACUGUACACACUAGAGACUGUACUCAUAUAGUGCAAAACUGCACCCAUGUUGUACAGAAGUACGUGACAUUACUGCACGCAAAUCAACUGUAAAGGCCGUGUGAUGCUACAGUAACAUAUUAUUGUCACAAACAAAACCAUGAUGGAGACCCUGCCAUGCGAUCCUGGAACUUCAUUUAGCAGGUCGUAUACAUCCGUGUAUAUGUAGGAACAGAUGCCUUCUGUGUGUUUUAAUCGCAGCAUUUUGUGCGACCAACGGGAUAUGAUCAUAUACUUCAUGUCAAUAUUAUUUUUCAAAAUCCGGUGUAUAUAUUUUGUAUCAUGUGUUUUAUAUUGUCAAUUAACAUGAUCCCCAAAAUGCUUGAAGGAUGGUCUUGGUUCUACCUUGAAAGAAGUCGACAUGCUAUCAUUAGAUCUGAUUGCGUAUUGUGUUUCUUCACUUGGUCAAAUUGUUACAGGUCACGUAUAACAAUUACUUAUUUUCUCUUUCUCGUCUGGCGGUAUGUCAGAUAAAGCCCGACCCUUAAUUUAACCUGGCUAAGCAUGCAUUGUAUUUGCCCAAGGGUUACAUGUAACAUAUGUAAGGGAGCCUUGCACGUGUCAGGAUGUCUUCAAUGGUCUCCAUGGUUACAAGUAACUGUCCUACGUUGAACGAGUUUGAAUGUUUUCAUACAUAUGACCGCCUUGAGACACGUUGCUUUUCUAACACCUGUACGUGCUGAAGGUUGUUUGUUGUUUGUCAAAAACAGGUUUCUUGGCUACUCUGUCUCGAUUCCAGUACAUUCGUGUCGAGAUACGUGUUUGGUGCUACCAAUCAUGUCGUAGUUCCUUCAUGACAUGCUCGACUUCCCAAUGUAUCUAUCUUCCCUCUAUUGCAAUACAUAUCCGCAAGCCCAAGUUCCGUCGUCACAUCAAUUUCUCUUAUCCUACAAAAAAUUGGAUUUCUGUAGCCCAUCAGUGUAAUUACACUGAAUAUGUUUUAGUUCCAUGUCAUUUGAUUCGGUCUCAAUACGUGUAGGUCAGGUAGAAAAUUGUUUCAGGGCAUUUAUCACAACAGAAGGAAGAUAUCAUAACUUGGGUAGUCGAGGAUUGUUUCGUGGUUGCCUUUUAAAUGUUCAUUAUAACAAAAGCCUGUGGUGUAAAUAUAGUCUUUUGUACGGAACAAGACUUUGUUUUUGGCAGAAUUAACACAUAUUAGUUGUGCUUUGCUUAAUGUUUUUUUAAGCUAUGAUUUAUAAGUAAUUCUGGAGUCGCACAGCUGAACCAACAGAUGCCGUUGUUGUUGUCUCAUUUAACUGUAGAGUUAAGGGUUUAUCAGAUUGUCAUGCCUAUGACCCAAAACUUACUGGACAAAGCAUAGUUCCCUCAUGACUUCAAAAUACCUUCAUGUGUUUGAUACGAAAUCCACAAACAGACAAUAAACCUUGAUCCGUCAUCAAUGCAUUUACAACACUGUCAGUGUUGGUCACACAGUGCUGACACGCUGAGAUACAACAAAUAUUCUGUUGUAAUACAUGGUAAGCCAUCUCGAUGUCGUGUGACAGUUCUGCCAAAUGGAAACUUGAAAUCCUUCAAAUGUCACCAAGCUCUGUCCCACCGUCAUGGGACUAAGGUGAAAAAUGAAAUGACAGUGUUGACAUUUAUGUUAACAUUCUCGUGCAAUAACAAUAUUACAUGUUGUUUUGGUGCCAAUGCUGAUGAUGAUAACAAAUGUUGAAGAAUGUUUCUCUGAUGUUCCUUAAAGACUGAUUGUUUAAUUAUCCAACUCAUUCAAACGUUUAACCAACAUAACCUGUUUUGACAAUGACUCAUUCGGUUUUAGAUUUCGCGUUCGAAUAAAGUGUACUUAUUUCAAAUAUUGUUACACAUUUCAAUAUUUCCAUUGCCUUCGAAUUUUAUACAACUUAACAGGGUACUAACACCCUCCUCAAGCAUAUUACAAAACAAUAUCGUACAUUCGACUGCUUCUCUCCAUUCUUUGUAUGAAGAAACUAUGAUGAAAUUUACAUUUAAUAAAACUGUACAAAGGA